GCUGGUUAAAAGAUUAGGAGUACCACACUACCACUGCAGAGUGCAACUGGAUGUGUGUGUGUGUGUGUGUGAGAGAGAGAGAGAGAGAGAGAGAGAGAGAGGGAGAGAGGGUGUGAGUCUGUGAGAUGAUGGAAUACGAAGAGAACACAAUUCUAAUGUCAACUACAGAGCCACUGCUGCUCCCCCAGCAUCCGCAACCGCCUUUUCCUUCUUCUCUUCUUAUCUAUCUCUACGUUGGCCACUUCUUGGCCCGAUGGGGUGCCAGGAUGUGGGAAUUCUCUGUUGGUCUAUACAUGAUUGAUAUUUGGCCAAACUCAUUACUUCUAGCUGCUGUUUAUGGUGUGGUGGAAUCUGGCUCUACUGUAGUGUUUGGCCCCCUUGUUGGACAUCUCAUUGAUCGCUUGACAUAUUUGAAGAUUCUCCAAUUAUGGUUGUUAACACAGAAUCUGUCUUUUAUGGUUGCCGGAGGCACAGUGGUUGCACUCCUUGUCUACCCAGACUUGAAGUCUACAAAUUAUCUGGCGUUCAUAUCACUUGUCAUAGUAACCAAUAUUUCUGGAGCUCUUGGCGUGCUUUCCACCCUUGCUGGAACCAUCUUGAUCGAAAGAGAAUGGGCAGUGGUAAUAUCAGAGGGGCAACCUCCAGAAGUUCUAACGCAGUUGAAUUCAGUCAUCAGACGGAUUGACUUGACUUGCAAGCUGGGUGCACCUGUGGUGACUGGCUUCAUCAUUAGCUUCAUAUCGCUAAAAGCAUCCGCAUUGACUUUGUCACUCUGGAAUAUUCUCUCUGUUUUCUUGCAAUAUUGGCUUUUAAUGUCUGUUUACAACGGAAUACCAUCGUUGGGCGAAAGGAAUCAAAAGAGGGCUGCCUUAAGACUUGCACCAGUGCCAGAAGAGAGUCCAUCCACAUCUCAGGAGCAAACGAGCUUGCUUCCUCUUGAUGCAAAUCAUUCGGAGUCAUCCAAUAGCAGCUGGACAAGGAAAAUAAUUGAGCGUUUUUCCAAGAGUCCUUAUAUUGUUGCAUGGAGAGUUUAUUUACAGCAAGAUGUGGUACUCCCGGGAGUAGCUCUUGCUUUGCUGUAUUUUACUGUACUCAGCUUUGGAACCCUUAUGACUGCGACGUUAGAAUGGGAGGGAAUCCCGGCAUAUGUCAUUGGAAUUGCUCGUGGAGUAAGUGCUGCCAUAGGAAUAUCUGCAACAUUUCUCUACCCUAUCGUACAGUCCCGGAUUUCAACACUUCGAACAGGAAUCUGGUCCAUCUGGUCACAGUGGGCCUUCCUGUUAGUAUGUGUAGCUUCAAUAUGGGUGAAAAACAACAUCACGUCAGCGUAUUUGCUGAUGGCUGGAGUGGCUGCAUCACGGCUUGGACUAUGGAUGUUUGAUUUAUCCGUCAUUCAGCAAAUGCAGGAGCAAGUUCCUGAAUCUGAUCGGAUGGUAGUGGGCGGUGUACAAAAUUCACUUCAGUCUGUUCUGGACUGUAUGACCUAUGUUAUGGGUGUAGUCAUAUCCAAUCCCCAGGAUUUCUGGGAGUUGAUUUUGAUAUCUUUCCUGUUGGUGAGCCUGGCCGCGGGGCUUUACAGUCUUCACAUUUACCGCGUACGGAAGCACCUUAUUCACUUUGAGAAGUUGCUUCUGUUGGUCCCGUGGGUUAAUCCAUCAUAAACUCGUAUCCGGAUAGGAGAUCAGAAUGCUUUCUUUUUUCUGUAAUAAGUACCUGAAAAUGCGAGCAAGAAUUGUUGUCACUCUUAGGACUCUUUCGCUAUCAGGACGUUGUUUUAGCGUAGGCAGUGUUUGUACUUUGUAUCAUGAAUUUUGGUGAAAUUUUUGAAGAUGGAGGAAAAGAUAAUUAAGAAGAUAACAAAGUCAAGAAA